CCCCUAUCUCCACCCGGGUUUAGGCGACAUUGCUUCGCGUGCUCUGAGGCCAUGCUCUGGAAAAGCGCGUUAGUCUUCUCACCACAAUUUUCCAAUUCGCUUCGUCUUCGCACAACGCGCGUCUGUCACCUUGCCAACGCCUGUCUGGAUUUUUAUCCUACCAUGGCUCGUCCGAAGCGCAAGGCAUCUAGCAGCUCAAAUGCUCGAUCAGAGUCCACCAAUGGCACCUCACCCGCGACCAAGCGUGGAAAGCUCGACCUGUCGCGUCCGCAUCCCCAUGCGAAAGACACCGAGGAUUUCGGCAUCGUGCUUCGAGAAUACUAUCCACCUGAGAUGUGCAAUGAGCGAGUGCAUGCUUAUAACGAUGGAACAUUAGAACGACCAAUUGAGGAGCUACAAAGGUCUUACGAAGAUACAUUGGAGGCGCGCGAAUCAGUUCAAGCUGGUUCGGCGGUGGUACACUGGUUCAAGUCCGACCUACGACUGCAUGAUAAUCGCGCGCUGCAGAUGGCGUACCAGGUGGCCCGCGAGCACAAGGUCCCACUGAUAUGUCUGUAUAUUUUGUCUCCCCAGGACCUGACAGCGCAUCUCUCCAGUCCAGCACGGGUUGAUCUAACGUUGCGUACGCUGGGGGUGUUGAAGCGAGACCUGAACGAGCUGGAAAUUCCCCUUUACAUGGAGACACAAGAGAAGCGCAAGGCGAUUCCCCAGCGUAUUGUGGACCUGUGCAAGGAAUGGGGUGCAAGCCACCUGUUCGCGAAUAUGGAGUACGAAGUCGACGAGUUGCGCCGUGAGGCAAAAUUGGUCCGCAUGUGCGCCGAGAAUGGUGUGCGGUUUGAGGCAGCUCAUGAUGCCUGCGUUGUCACUCCUGGGAAGCUCCAUAGUCAGCAAGGCAAGCAGUAUGCCGUCUAUACUCCAUGGUUUCGCGCUUGGUGUGCGUUUCUCAAAGAGAACCCGGAAUACCUCGAGGUGGCGGAGGAACCGGGAUCUAACCCUGGAGAUGCUCGGAAACAUUUCAAGGAAUUGUUUGACAGUCAGGUGCCCACAGCCCCUGAAAACAAGACUCUAUCCAGCGAAGAGAGGGAGCGCUUUCGUCAAUUAUAUCCGGAAGGCGAGCACGAGGCUCUACAACGGCUCGAGGCUUUCCUCGAGGAGAAGGCGAGAGACUACGGUGAUCAGCGCAACUAUCUGAGUGGAGAAACCACGUCCGUUCUCAGUCCAUAUUUUGCGUCAGGCUGUCUCAGUGCACGAACAGCUGUAUACCAAGCACGUAAAGCGAACAAAGGCCUCCUUGACCGUAACCAACCGGGCUACAUGUCAUGGAUAAGUGAGGUUGCUUGGCGUGACUUCUACAAGCACGUAUUGGUCCAUUGGCCGUACAUUUGUAUGAACAAAUGUUUCAAGCCGGAAUUUACGAAUCUUGAAUGGGAAUACGACGAAGAACAGUUUGACGCCUGGAGCCAGGGCAAAACUGGGUUCCCAAUUGUCGACGCUGCCAUGCGACAGCUGAACCACGCCGCAUGGAUGCACAAUCGUAGUCGAAUGGUGGUGUCAUCAUUUCUAUCCAAGGACCUACUGAUUGACUGGCGGCGUGGGGAGCGCUAUUUCAUGGAGCAUCUGGUUGAUGGCGACUUUGCUUCGAAUCACGGCGGAUGGGGUUUCGGGUCGAGUACUGGCGUCGAUCCACAGCCAUAUUUUCGGAUCUUUAACCCGUUUCGACAGAGUGAGCGAUUUGACCCCGACGGAGAAUACAUUCGGAAGUGGGUGCCGGAGCUUCGGGAGGUGGAGGGAAAUGCGAUUCAUGAUCCGUAUGGACGGGGAGCUGGCGAGGUAGCCAAGAAAAAUGGAUAUCCGCAGGCCAUUGUUGAUCACGGGAAGAGUCGAGAUCGAGCGUUGGCGCGUUAUAAAGCAGCUCAGGGCCAUUGACCUGAUACAGGCCUGAAGAAGUCAGAGAUCGAUAUUUGAAGGGUCAGUGGGUCAAGCUUGGUAUAGAGGGA